GUAUUUACCUUAUUUGUAGGUAUACUUUUACACGGGCCGCCUGGUUGUGGUAAAACAAUGAUAGCCAAGGCCAUGGCUAAAGAAGCCGGAUUCCGUUUUAUCAAUUUACAAGCUUCAACACUAACUGAUAAAUGGUAUGGUGAAUCACAAAAACUUGCUGCAGCUGUGUUUUCUCUGGCAAUCAAAAUUCAACCAACAAUCAUAUUUAUUGAUGAAGUGGAUUCAUUUCUUCGAUCAAGAGCAUCAUAUGACCAUGAAGCAACUGCCAUGAUGAAAGCUCAGUUUAUGAGUUUAUGGGAUGGAUUAAUAACUGACCCAACUUGUCAGGUGAUUGUGAUGGGUGCUAGUAAUAGACCACAAGAUGUGGAUGCUGCUAUACUAAGAAGAAUGCCUAGUAUGUUUCAUAUAGGAAUGCCAGACAAAGACCAAAGACUAUGCAUCUUAGAUUUAAUCCUAGAAAAAGAAUAUCUUUCUGAUGAUAUAGAUUUAACAAUGAUUGCUGAGGAGACUAGCAAUUAUUCUGGGAGUGACUUGCGUGAAUUGUGUCGUAAUGCAUCUGUGUACAGAGUCAAGGAUUAUAUUAAAUUCAACAAUCCAGACACAGAACACUCAAUGCAGGAGUUUGAUAUGUUACGUCCAUUGAUGUUGGCAGAUUUACAGCAGGCUAAGAUAAAGAUGGAGGAAAGUAAACAGAAAAGAGAUGGUGUUCCACAAACAAGUAUUGGAUUAGAUUAGCCAAGCAAUCAAGUUUUUAUUCCCUGUUUGUGCAGCCUGUCUAUGUUUUGUAGUUUGUGUGGUUGAUGAUUUAACUUGUAUGUGUAAGAAAUUUAAUGUUUUCUCAAAACUUUACUUACCGGUACAUACUACUGCUUGAUCAAUGAUUCUGAGAAAUUAUUUUAAAAUAAUUUACGUGCUUCCUCAAUUUGAU